AUGGCAGACAAGAUCGGAUUCACCAAGGACGAGCUUCAUAAGAUUUAUGACCAGGUCACUUCUCCACCGAGCUCUGGAACCCACGGCGAGGUCAACACGAGCUCAGCCCUUGGAUCGCAGACGGAGAUCUCAGCAGCUUCAGCUCUCGGAUCACAGCAUGAGCCUGCAACAGGGCUGGAUCUGACGCCUGGUCACCCAACUCGCGCGGAUACAUCUUCAGGAAUGCGCAGCGAAGUCCUGUCUGCUCCAGACCGCAUGCAGCCCACCAAGACCUCACCCGGUGCAGAUAUUGGUCCCGUACCAGGGGCCACUCACGCUGAACAGCGCAAUCAAGCAGCAACUGGAUCAUCUCUGAGACCGCAAGAUGAAGCCAACAGAAGCUCAGGUCUUGGAGCUGGCCGCGAAACUGCCACAAAUAAAAACACCGCGGGGCACACCAGCGUUGUUGUAGGUACAAGCAUCGAACAUGGCAAGAACACCACAGAUCCUCAAAUCGCAUCACGCCGUAAAGCUGCUUCAGCAUCAGACCCAGCGAACGUUGACAAGGCCACCAAAGGUUCAAGGACAGCUCACCGCACCAACAUCCUCGCAGAAAUAGGUAUCGGAAAGCACAAGCAAAAUGUGAAAGAGGUCGAGCCUGUGCCACCCACAGAAACGGCAGUCUCAUUGGACUUGAAGCAGAGCAACAAAGCUACCACAGACGCAAAGACAGCGCACCAGAGCAAUAUCAUUGCAGCUACCAGUCUCGGUACUCACGACGACGUCAGACGAGAUUCAGACGUCGGACCGCGCAACGAAACCGCCCCAGAGCACCAUCACCACCGUCACCAUGACAAAGACAAGACCGAGCACGAAAAACACGAUCAUCAAGAAGACAAGCCUGAGCACCACCACGACGAAUACAGAGCUAAGGAGUUCAAAGCAGCAGAGAAAGGUAUCGUUUACGGCAACGUCUCGCAUCUCGGCGUCUCCGCGACCCAAGAUCCAACCGACGGCUCGCGCCGUAAAUCCCUAGCCGAGUCCCCCUACCGCGGCCGGAUCGACAGCACCGUCUCACCACCCUCCCCGUCCAAGAAAUGGUCCUUCACCAUGGGCGACUUCGGCCUGAAAGUGCCCAAACAAGAAUCCAAUGCAGUCACCCAAGAACUCAACAAAGACGGCAGCGUCAGCAUGCAGGGCGGCCAGGGACGGGUGCCAAGGGGCAUCGGGAGUAUCAGUAGCACGGUGAGGAGGGGCAGCGUGGAUAAGACGGUCACCGAGCGGGAUCCAGCUAAGCGCUGGAGUUUCGUACAUGGGGACUUCGGGUUGAAGAUGCCGAAGCAGGAAUCUAAUGCCGUGGCUCAAGAGCUGAAUAGGGACGGGAGUGUGAGUGCGCAGGGAGGGCUGGGGCCGAUCCCGAUUGGAGUGGUGGGAGAGGGUGGGAGGAGGGUCAGUCUCGGGAGGCAGGGUGCCCGGGGGAUUGGGAGCAUUAGUUCGAGUGUGAGGAAGGGCAGUGUGGAUGCCACGGUGAGUGAACAUGAUAAAGCGAGGAAGUGGAGCUUGAAGGAUGCGGAUUUCGGCUUGAAGUGGCCGAGGCAGCCUUCCAAUUUGCAUGAAUGA